GUGUUCCCGGCGAUCGAUCGAUCUAGGUGAGCAUCAUGGUUUCCGCCGACGUGGCCCGCAACAUCGUCGGCAUCAUCGGCAAUGUCAUCUCCUUCGGCCUCUUCCUCUCCCCUGUGCCGACGUUCUGGCGGAUCUACAAGGCCAAGGACGUUGAGGAGUUCAAGCCGGACCCCUACCUGGCGACGCUCAUGAACUGCCUGCUCUGGUUCUUUUAUGGGCUCCCCAUCGUCCACCCCAACAGCACCCUCGUCCUCACCAUCAACGGCAUCGGCCUCGUCAUUGAGGGUGCCUACAUCAUCAUCUUCAUCAUCUACGCGGCCAAGAACACAAGGUGGAAGAUUCUCGGCGUGCUCGCCCUCGAGGCGGCGUUCAUGGCUGCCGUGGUGGCUGGCGUGCUCCUCGGUGCCCACACCCAUGAGAAGCGCUCCAUGAUCGUGGGCAUCCUCUGCGUCAUCUUUGGCUCUAUCAUGUACGCCUCCCCGCUCACCAUCAUGGGUAAAGUGAUCAGGACCAAGAGUGUGGAGUACAUGCCAUUCUUCCUGUCGCUGGUGAACUUCCUCAAUGGCUGCUGCUGGACGGGCUAUGCGCUCAUCAAGUUUGACAUCUACAUCACGAUCCCCAAUGCCCUCGGUACAAUCUUCGGCCUCAUCCAGCUGAUCCUGUACUUUUACUACUACAGAUUGACCCCCAAGAAGGGCAAGAACGUCGAACUGCCCACUGUCCUCACCAAAAACGCCGUUACCCGCGGCAACGUCUCCGUCACCAUCGAAAAAUAA